UUCACUGCUUCAAUUAAGAUGUUGUUUACUAUAUUUAAUUGUUUCUGUGUGUUCUAGUAGGCUGUAUGGGCAAGGUCAGAUCUGAUUUAGUGUGGCACAUAUAGUUUGAAAGCAGUAUAUGUUCCAGUAAAGUAUUUGAGUGAGAAUGGUUGAAAAGUAAUAGUUACUGUGUUUUUAAUCUACAGCUGGAAGAAUGAGUGAAAAUAAAGUCUUUACAGAGGAAGACUGGGCCAUAGAAGAGAGGAGUAACCCUUACGAGAAAAGCAAGAUCCGUGCAGAGAGAGCAGCCUGGGACCUAGUUAAAAAUUUACCAGGUCGGGAGUGCUUAUUCUCAAGGGUACAUGUUAAGCCUUUGGUACUUUUCCCUCUCACCUUGAAAAGCAUGCAUGUUACCUUCUCAGUUGGCAAAGAAAAAUCCUAUCAGCGACUAUGGAGAUCAACUGAAGAUUUUUCCAACUGGCAUUCAUUAAACAGGGUUGUCUGCAUAGGAUGUUGAGACAUGAUAACCAUUCACUGCUAUCAACAGUCCUGUUCAGAGCUAUUCAACCUGUAGUUAUGCCUCUUCACCCAGUUUAUUGCAAACCCUGGAACCAAGAGGGACGGGGAUUCCUAGAAAACUUGAGAGGGCUGUACUGCAUGCAAGCUAUUGCAGGCAUUGCAGAAUAACAAGUAGGGACACAUGCGCGUGCAUGCGAAAGCCUUUAUGAGUUCCAAUCCCUCAUACAGAGUUGAUUGGUAAAAUUAGUAGCCACUGGCUACUAGUGUGGUUGUUGACUUGGUUAUUGAAUAAUCAUUUGUUGUAGAUGAUGAGAGGUUUGAGUUGUGUACCAUCACUCCUGGUUUUAUUCUUGGUCCAGUACUCCAGGGUUCAACAUGCACCAGUAUGGAGGUAAUAUUGAAAUCACGGUAAUUGUGAUGGCAGUCCUAAAUGAUGUAUCAUGCUAGCAUACGUGGGCAUGCUAUACUGUAAAGUGUCACUAGUCUUUUAAGCCCCCCCCCCCCAACCCCACCCCACCCCACCCCUACUUACAAGCCCAUCUACCUGUAAACAAAAAAUACAUCCAAUGAUAAACCCCCUUUGGCUUGUAUUGAAAUGAAUUUGAGUUAUUAUGAUGUUUUAAAGCUUGAUUAAAAAACAUUAAAAAUUAAUACAAAACAUAUUUUGACUCUUACCACUCUAGCUUUGUUUUGAAUCUUUUUUUCUAUUGUGGUUAAAAUCCCCCUCAAAUAUAAGCCCCCCCCCAUUUGUAAGUCCUUCUAAAACCCCUUAUGAGGCUGUAUAACCCCAGGGGUUGUAAGUGGCCCUUUUUAUGGUAUGUUUUUUGAGCCUAUACUAUCACUGCAGUGUUCUUACCUGACCGGGGAAUUGCGGCAUUGCCACUCUUUUUCAGAAAAUGCCGCACUAAAAUUAGCCCAAGGGUUCCCAAGGGCGCAAAGAAGGAAAAAACCAAUUACAAAAUGUACGUAAGCAUACGUACACAUACGUACACAUACGUACAUUUCCUUAUAGUAUAAGCCAAAAUUUAAUUGGUUAUGGCGUCUUUAGAGAACACCAUCAUUGUCCAAGAAUCAGACCUGUGAAAACUUUGUGACCCCCUUUUAGCUUCUCUAUGGGUCCUGUGGACCCCAGUGUAUGAAAUCCUGGUAACAACACUGUCACUGAUACCAUCACAUUAUCAUAGGUAUGGUAUACAAUGUAUUUUUUCCUUAGUUACCAGGUAGUACUCUCUGAAUACCAAUACCUAAGUUACUUUUGUAAGGGCCAACGAUUAGAAAAUAGGGGUUGGAUUCCAGUGGGUAUAGUGGACAAAUGUUUGUUCAACACUUCGAAAUAAUUAUAAAGCAAAUUAAGGCUAAUGACUUUACACUUAGGGGAGAAAAUAAUAAGUUUUUGCCAGACAUGACCUGGCAUCUUCAGGAAUAAUGUCAUUACAGUUCAGUACAAAUACAUUCAAAAACUCUUGUAUAGUCACUUACUAUCCAACAAAACUGAAAUUUUGUGAUGUAUAUGUGCUAUUUCAUGGUGGUACUUUAGGUAAAAACCUUUUUUGAGAGGCGGAGGGAGGGAGUGGGGGGUGUUAGGGUGUUUCUUUUUUUGUAAAAUAACAUAUUCAGUUUGCAUUUUGUUUAGUUUCAUAGGCGUUUGCUUCAAAGAGAAAUGCCCAUGGUACCAAGGCUGUCUUUUCCCAUGUGUGAUGUCAGAGAUGUUGCUAGAGCACACAUUAGUGCUAUGAAGUCACCAAAGGCUGCUGGUUAGGGACAUUCUAUCUUCCUAAUCUUUGUUAAGACAAACCAAUAGCGAACACUAAAGCACACCUCUGUAGAAGAGGCUUCGAUUUGUUUAAAAGCAAUCAAAAUGUUCAUUGCAUUUUGGAAAUCUUAGUUGCCGAUGGAUUGCACUCAUGAUUGAAGCCCAAAACGCUGCCUCAAUGACAUAAAGCUGUAUUAUACAUUAUCCUAGUCUCAAGACUAGUCUCUCCUCUUAAUCAUACCGUUAUCUAUUGACUUUGCUUUAGGUAAUUUAAUUCUGUCUAUUGUAUGAACCAUGUAAUACGUUGAAUAAUGUCCUUCCUUCCCCCCGCCCUAAUUAGAUCUGUAGCUAUUUGCUGGUGUGAAAAUUGUGUAAUUGGUAACUGUUGAGUUUCAAUAAAAUUGGUCGAUUUUUUGGUUUUGACAUUUAAAAAACAUUGAAAUGCCCUGAGUGCUCGUAUCAUUUUAUAUUUGUACUUACAGGUAACAGGUACAUUACAGUUACGGAGACGAUGUGCAUACCUGAACUAGCCAAAAUUCUGGACGACGAGUUCCGUCCACUUGGUAAUAAACUUUGUAUAUUUACUAAAUUUCGUAGAUUCUAAAAAGUUGCGAGCAAACUGAGCCCCUCCCAUUCCGGAACCUCGCUCUCGCAUCGCUUUACAGUCAUUUCACCCCCAAGCCAUUUCGUCUCGGUUACUUCGCCGCCUAUUUUCAAGUCAUUUAGCGCGCUACAAAUACAAUAUUCCUCGUCCUAUAAGCCAUGAACCAAAACAAGCGCGCUUCAAAUAUAUUUCUCGUUCCAAAAUAGGGGGCAAAGUAACCGGGACCAAAUGACCGUACAGCGUUUCAAGAGCGAGGUCCGGGAAUGGGAGGAGCUCAGCUUGCACGCACGCUCUCGCGCUGCUCGCGUGGCAGGCGCUCUGAAGAAGGACAAGAAGGACUAGAAGCAUGCUUGCAGAUUGAUUUGCCUGAUAGUUAGCGAACAUGAGGGGAAAUGAAACUAUUAUGCCUUGGUUUUACUGUGUCCUUAAGUAUCCCUUCAUGACGCUAGUGUAGUUUAUUGUAAACUUGAGAGAAUUCUAGUGAAUAAAUUUUGCUUUCCUAUCUAUCUUUUAGGUUAUAACGUUCCAACGCGAGUUGCGCCCAAGUUUGUAUUACGCUGUUUGGCGUUAUUUGAUGGCUCAAUAAAGAUGAUUUUACCCCAGAUAGGUGAAGAAGCCCAUUUUGACAACUCGAAGGUAAUGUAUGCCGUGAAAUCGAUAAUUUUUGACAGUCGGUGUCUUGUUUUUCGCUGUUGUUAACCUAACAGGCGUGUUGUUGCAUGGUCCGAAUUAUCCAGUAAGAUGGCUAUGUGUCACACUAAACCACUGGAUAUCUCUUCGUGCCGACACGCAAAGCUAGAGCGAUUUUCGCAUGACCUUGAAAAACGGUUUCGGUGCGUGAUCGUUGUUUGUUUUAUCAGCCAACGGAUGAAAAGAUCAAAACAUGGCUUCUUCGUUUUCCCACCAAAGAAAACCCUAAUAUGGAGAAGGCAUUUUUCGAUUGGCCAAUCGUGUCUUAGUAUGACGUCAAAGCGAAGUAUCGGUUGAUUUCUAGCAAGUUCGCAAAACACGUCAUGCCUGGCACCCUAUUAGAACAUGCUUUUUCGUCUCGUGUCUACGCUUAGAUGCAACCGACGGCAUUUUCACUCUAUUCUUUGCAGGCCAAGAAAGAUUUGGAGUACAAUCCAACUGACCUGAAGACCAGCAUAACUGAUAUGGCGUACAGCUUGAUCGAUGCUGGUUUUGUCAAGAAGACAAGAAUAUACCAGAACCGUUAAAUUUGAUAUUAAUACUAACAAUGCACGAUUAAGCAUAUAUUAUGGGAUAUAUUGAAAAUAUUUGUUCUCCUCUCGAGAAAAUUAAGGGAGGUUGACUGAAGACUGGUGGUUGACAUAGAACUUCCAAUAGACUGCAAAACAGUCGGUUUUUUUCUCAAAAUCAGUAAAGAAAACGGUAAAGCGCGGCGUAGGAGUCUUAUGCGCGCGAAGCGCGCGAGCCUCACACGCCCCUGGGGCAUGUGAGGCUAGAGAAAAAAAAAACGUAUUUUUAGCGUCUCUCCCCAGUUUCGCUCUCUGUUGUCAGCCUCGUUCCCAACUUUUUGUUUGAUCGCUCGCUCGUGGGUACUUGAAUACGCAAAAAUACGGACUGUUUUGCAGGUCUAAACUUCCAGUGGAUAUUUGAAUAUUAAGCUAGAAUAAAAAUUCACUGAAACGAUUGGCAAUUGUUUUAGUUAAUUAUUUUAAAAAAUAUAUUAUUUAAAGCUCCUUACAAAUAUGAUGCAUGACUUUUGUUUGUCUCUUAUGGCAAUUAAUUGUUAAUAUUAUUUAAGCCUGCGUUAGUCUAGCCGGCGUAGCAAGCGUUUUCGCGCGAGUUCGUCGAAAAAGUUGGGACGAGAGCAAAAAAAAAAAAAAAAAAAAAAAAAAAGAAAGAUCAGGGGAGGGGGAGGGGAGAUAAGGAAACCCCAGCACACAUGCUCCUCUCGCCUCCGGUAAAAGAGAAAAGCCGUACUUCUUCCCAUGAUGCCGCUCAUACCUCACUUGAAGCUGCGUUCUCGUUCAUAGAGGCCGCGAUCCUUUUGGUCAGCGGUAGAGGCCUCUCGUUUCCAUAGCUAUAGCCAGCACACAAGACAGAUUAAGAUGGCCCGAACCUAUUUUUGUGCGUGUUGGUUAUACUGACAUUCAUACUUUCAUUCGUUCAUACAUUCCCGGUUUCCUCGAAAACAAUAUUACAAGACAAGAGCCAUAAUAGUCCUAUUAUGGCUCUUGUAUAAGGUAAUUAACACUGUGGGCCAAGAAAUGGGAGGCCGAGCGGAGGCCGCGUCCGCUUAGGCUAAGUUAUGACCUACAAACUUAGAUCUCGUUACUCUACAUUGGCUUCCGAAGAGCGCAAGUUAUCAACAUAUGAAAGAUUGAACAUACCCGUUGCGCCCUUCAUGGCCACGUCCAGCCCUUCGCAUCUGGUGCAGGUGUCGCUUCUUGGUAAGCCAAAACCAAGAUUGAAUUCGGUGUUAAACAUCCGCCGGUAGGUGUCUUGGCUCACUUGCGGCCGUAAAAUGGUUGGCGUCGCCUCGUUUUGUUGUUUGGCUCUGCAAUAACAAAAAGAGAGAGAGAGAGGGGAGGGAGAGAAAUUUUUUAAAGUUAGUUUUAUUGUUUUGUCUUUACAACGUCAUUGUGCUGGCUCUGAUCCAUAGUUGAAUAAAUCGUAAUUAUUGGCCAACCAGCGGUUGAUUAUUAUCCAUAAAAAGAAAGCUUUCCUUCAUAAUGAAUUUGAUAAUCAGUGAUUUAAUGGUAUAUGACGUCAUUUUUUCGUUAUCAUUGGCAUGGUUCGAGACGAAAACAUACGCAAAUUGGUUUCGCCAAAAUUUUAUAAAAGUAACUUCCUUUGGACUUACUCUGAAAUAUUUUGUUGUCUUCAGCAGACCUCGGGUUCGUUUUCUUCCAAGUACAGGUUGUUCAUUCGUUGGACUGAUAAAUCCUCUUUUAGGAACUGCUUUCCUGAAUUAUCCUUCCUCGAAAAGUGUGAUUCCUGUGCCGGGAAGAAAUUAAUGUGGCCCCUGAUCUGGAAAAAAACAAGAAAAAAUCGUGAAAACUCCUAUCAUGUUUUAGGUAGAGCACAAAACUUCAUUGUAAUAUUCUAGUCCAUUAAAACGUUCUAUUAUUUUCUUCCUCUCUUCUUUUUCCACUUUCUGAAAACUCUCCAGUUUGCAGCCACAGUCUGGACAUAAGUUACAUCAAGAGUUAACAGCAGGCUUCUACGGCCAAUUUUUUCCCUUUGCUUCUCUUCGUUUUGUUUUGCUUGACCUACCAACCCACUUUUACGAGAGGGAAAAGGAUGGGAAGUAAUGAUUUUAUCUAAAUAGCCUAACAGACCAAAGUCAGUCGUUACAAAAAGACUUGUGUCACAACUAACCCUAGCUGCUUGACAUUUAAAACGGAAAAUUUCCUCUAAUACUAAGCCCUUCCGAAAAUAAAUAAGCCCACCAAAAGAGGCUUCCAGACAGUAAAAACACAGAGCUUGUUACCAAAAUUUUACGACGUAUCAAGGGAAUGGCUUACUAGGUAUUUAUGAUUUAUAAUAGCAUACAUUCACUUCCGGCUGCACGUGGACCAGAAACAAAAAUACAGUCUAAUUUUUAUUCUGGCCAGGACACCCAUCUGAAUAGCUAACGAUCUGAUCUGAUGAUCUGUGCAAAAAUUGAAAUAAAAUCUAUUACAAAAAGCACUUAAAACCAAGAACCUGACAUUUAAAUGGGAAAUUACCUUGCUCCACUUCCGUUUUCUUUGAAAUACGUAUGAAGGCAGGAGGAUACCGCGUUGGUAUCCUUGCAAACGCGUACAUGUGUCCUUGGUCUCCCACGCAGUCGUGUAUGCCCAUAUUAUACAUCCAUAUUUGUCUCAUGUAGAAAACUUCGCUAUGAUGUAGGUUCGGCGUAGGAAGGUUUUGUUGAAAAUCGAACUACAGCAGCGUCUCUACUGUUGACAUGAUUACUUUCUCGAAGGGUUCUUGUCUUCCCCUUCCACGUUUCUUUUGCCGCCCUUUUAUCUUUUUUCUUUGAUUGGUAACCCUCUGCUGCCUGGUUAUGAUGGUCUCUUCGCUGUUGCUGUAGCUCCUCUUGUUCGGUUCCCAGAGCAGACAAAUAAACCCUUAAAUUAUGUCUAAUAAAGAUAAUAUACCAAAACUAAAUGCAAACAGAUCAACAGAGAUGAGAAUCCGUCCUCAUUUUUUCUUUUUUUUCGGGCGGGCGGGUACCCCUGGGAAUUUUGGUGGGUGUGUGCCGCCCGGCUCUCCAAGUCCCGAGCCUAUUUCAUAUGAAACAAUGUAAAUUUCCACACCCGUUUUCAGACCUGGCCCCCUAAAAUUCAAACCCGUUUUCAGAAUAUCUCAUCACUUCCUAUAUUAGAACGCCAACAAAAAACAAGGUUUAUUUAUUUAUCACGUUUUUCGACAGGAACAAUUUAAUCAACCGAUUUCUAUGAUUUUUGGCAUCCUUCAAAAAGAAUGAUGGUUUUUUUUUAAAGAAAAAGUUACCUAUUUUCUUGUAGAUAUAACGACGUUCGAGAUAUCGGCAUAUUCUUAAAGCCGCAUUUUUACGAAAAGUGUAAAUAACUUCAAAACAGAUAAGCCUCAGGGCUCUCUAGUUUUAUAUCUGCAAGUCUGAGGUUAAUCGUGACCAUACAACUCGCUGCACAAAAUGUAGGUCAAAUUUAACCUUAAAAUGCCACGCUAACACAAAGUUGAAAGUUGACGCACAAAUAGAGGAAGAGUGCCGACGGACUGUCUAUCUCCUAUCUGCAAGGGUAUUCUUACCCAAAGCUUCAUUGCAAGAAACUGAGUAAUCAGAAACCUACGAUGAAUACAGUUCGCACCACAAGAAAACUGAAAUGAAAGUUUGACAUUCGUGAUUAGUUACUUUUUUGAUCCGUGAACUGUGCCAGAGACCUCCCCUAUAUGACCCUCUACUAAGUUUAAGUUAAAUGAUACUUUACCAUCCACACAAUGAUUUAAAAUCUAAAGACGUAAAAGAUGGAGGGUUAGCAGCGGGGGAAAACUAAAUUCCCAUUCUAGGGCCGUAACUCUUCUUUCAUAAAUCUUAACUGACUGUAUAUGCUUACAUUAAAAAAUCUUAGAAUAUGAUAUUACAAAUUAAUUUAAUAAGAAGAGGCUAUUCACAAGAUAACACAAGAGAGAAUGUCUGAGCUAUCUUGGAUAAGAUAAGAAAUAAUAAUAAUGACCGUUAUAAAUAUACAAAAAAAGAAUUGGCAAAAAUAUAAUAUCCUGGGUAUGACUAUUAAUGCCACGUUGAGCGCAAAUAGCGUAAAUGGGAGACUGGCUGAGUUUAAGGUUAGAUUCACAGCCAAUAGUAGACGGGCGGAGGAAAAUUCUAUUCCCUAACGUCGCACUAAUAAUUACAGAUAAUUACUGUCACCGGUUUAAUUCAAAGUCGUUGUUGUUGUUGAGUGUUCUACUGUCAUGUCACCACAGGUAGCCCAAGCUCGAAAUAUGACCUUCGGCGAACAUCGGCAUUUUUGCGUAACAUUCGAAAUAUAAGGAUUUGUAUGGGAAAAAAACCUAUCGUUUCUGUAACCUAAGAAAAUGAAAGGAUUUCAAUAGAAAAACAGCUUACCUUACUUGAAAUGUGUGUUACGUAGGAGAGAAAACCGUUUACAUAAAAACCCAUAAAACGCUCCGUAGACCACACAGGAGAGACGUAACACACAUUUUAAGUAAGGUGAGUUGGUUUUUUUUUGUUGAAGUUCUUUCAUUUUCGUAGGUUACAGAAACGAUAGGUUUUUUUCCUAUACAAAUCCUUAUAUUUCGAAUGUUACGCAACAAUGCCCAUGUUCGCCGAUGUUCAUAUUUCGAGCUUGGGCUAUCUGUGAUGUCACCUGCCUUUGUGCAAACCUUGAAAUAUUAAAUUUAUGCGUGGGCCUGGAAUAUUAAAUUUUUCCCACCAGUCGUGCUGUUUGAGUAAAUACUGCCCCUUGCAGCCGGUUUACACCUUAAAACAGAACACUUCUGAGGAUCGGAGUUGCCACUGGCGCAUAUCAGCAGCAAUAUGUCCCGUGUUCUCGUAACAGGAGCAUCUGGUUACGUUGCUAUGCAUAUUGUCAAACAACUGAUCGAGUCAGGUAAAUAUAUCGUGCGGGGAACCGUAAGAAGCCUUGCAAACGAGAAGAAGGUUAAGCCAUUGAAAGAUCUUUGUCCGGAAAAUGCGAAAUACCCGCUGGAAUUAGUUGAGGCCGACUUGCUGAAGAAGGAAACUUGGGCAGAGUGAGUAGUCUGAGUAGUGAAAAUGGAAUUUAUUUGUUGCUUUAUGUAUGUGUGCAGGGUUUGGAUUUCGUGCAUAAUUGCAACGGCAUCGUGCUGAGUCACGCUUCGUCAUCAUUUUCGAAGAUUUGUCAUGAUAUGAACUGCAGUCUAAAUAAUUAGAAACCAAAUGAAUUUAAUGAUUAUCCGUAGACUGCGUAAACUUACAAGGUUCAGAGUUGUACACUGAUAAACAUUAAAAAAGAAAGGAUUUUGUAAAACCUUGUAUUAUGUGUCCUUCAAUGAUACGGUUUAUUAAAUACUGUAUAGGUUAUAAAAUACAAAAACAAGUCUCCUUCUCUAACAGCCCACCUCCAACACCCUAGAAACGGCUUACAAAAUAGGCCCCUCCGGGGGUGGGAAAAAGUAAAAUUAUGGUUAUAUAAAGGAGCUGUGUCACGAAAUUCAGCCAAAUUAGGUAAUUACAAAAACAUUAAAGGAAGGUUAAAAUAACACAACAGAUGCCACGGAUGAGCAAAACUGAAGAAGAUUGAAACGGAUUGAAAUGAGGGUUUUUGAAAACUGUUCAGCCUAACAGUUUUUCAAAGUUGAUCUCUGCUGUUUGCAACUUCAAAAAUAAUGCUCAGGAGACAUAUUUGUUUUUCUCUAAUCUCUGAUUUUGAUUUUUCAAUAAUGGUAGCAGUUUUGUAAUCAUGAUUCUUGUAUUAUUAUUAUUAUUAUUGUUAAUUUGAAAUAAAUCAUUUCACUUAAUACCAGCGCUGUCAAGGAUUGUACCUAUGUGAUUCACGUUGCCUCACCCUUCCCUGCUCAGCGGCCGAAAGAUGAGAUGGAGGUGAUAGGACCUGCAGUAGAGGGAACAAAAAAUGUUCUUGAAGCUUGUGCAAAGACUAAGGGGGCAGUGAAAAGAGUUGUACUGACAAGCUCCUGUGUUGCGAUUUAUCGUAAGUAAAAUGUGUUGGAAUCGGGGACGGGACGGGGGAUAGAAGCCUUACAAGAGGCGCAAAACCAAGUCAGCUCUAGCCUCCAACGCAGACUUUCUUGCAGGCCUCGUCACCUUUUCCAGAUUAGUCAGCUCGGCAAGGAGCGAGGCCAAGCUAAAAAAUUCCAGUCCUGCUAUGUAUAUUCGUUCUCACAAGGGAUCUGGUUAAAAAAGCACCGCCAAUGCUAUCAUAUCGUAAAUUAUUUAAGUAUUUGAAAAAUUUAAAGCUUAUGCAUCUAAAAACAUUUAAUACUUAUUUCUUUUUAAAAUAGUUACAGAAUUAGCCUAGCCGCACUCCUUCGCAGCCCUUAUUUCUUAUGAUAUUGUGAUGGCCUCUCCUAUAAGCCUUUUGGUUUUUUGAGGUCUCCCCGCCUAAGAACAUUCUGUAUUCGGUUAAAUUCCUUUUUACAUCAAGGCUAACGAAUGAUGAUGAUGAUGAUGCACAUUAUUAUUUUUACUUUUUGUUUGAGAGGGGAGAUGUGAGUACAAUAUUUGGAUUUGCGAAGGGGGCGGGAAGGUAGGCGGAGUGGAGGCUCUACCUACAAAAAAGUGUAUUUCUCUCUUCCUCGUUUGCUUUCUUUUCAGCUGGUAAUAUCCCUUCAGAACGCGUUUUAACCGAGGAGGACUGGGCCGUAGACGAGGUCACUUCUCCGUACGAAAAGAGCAAGAGCCGCGCCGAGAAAACAGCUUGGGAACUAGUGAAAAAUUUGCCAGGUGAACAGCAAGAAAACGUUUUCGUCAUUGACGCCGUCCCUAGUCUUCUCUUAAAUGUUAACAAGGGAAGCGCGCGAACUAUGCUUCCGGGUGGAGAGAUGACGUAUAGUCUCCCGCAACCGUUCUUUGACCGCCUACAAGACAUGACUGAGAACGAGUCGGUUCUUGUCCUCUGCAGACCCUAGCUCGCGGAGGCCUUCUUGGAGAUGCUGUGUGAUAUCGCCACUUUCGCACUUUCGAUAAUACACCUCUGUUCAUGCAUCGCGUUAAGCUCUUUUUCUUUGCGUUACGCUCUCUCUUGACCUCUCACGAUAUCCCCCCAAGUGGAAAGAUUUCUCGCAGGCUAGACGCUACCCAUUAUUUGCACUCCUUCUUCGAGAGGUUGACCUUUUUCUUUUGAUUUCUUACAAGUCUUACCUAGAGAAAUGAUUUAUUACUUGACUUAUUGAAAUAUUUGUUUCGUUUGCGUUGCUGUGAUCUCGCCUUUGCGCAUGUAUUUUAUUAUAGAUGAUGAAAAGUUUGAGCUGAGUUGCAUCAAUCCUGGACUUGUUUUUGGACCAGUCUUACAUGGGUCAUCCUGCACGAGUAUGGAGGUAAAUAGAAAUACAUACUAUAUUCAGUUUCCGUGAUACGACAUAUUGGGAUCCAUAAGUACAGACAGAAAUGGGAAAAAAGUUUAACCGGUGAAUGAGUUAUCUUAGUGCUGGAAAGGAUAUAACAGAAUGGAUGCCAAGGUUACCGGGGCUUUUGAUAAAUGGAACCAACAACCUUGGAUGUAGAUAUAAAACCUUUUCCCUUAAGAAACAGAACCAAGUUCAUCCCCAGGGCGCUGGGAAAAGCGCCCUGGGCCUGGGGACGAGGUCGAAACAGAACUACUCGCCCCAUAUUAGGGACUGUGGAUUCAGUCAUCCAGCAACUCUUUGUCGUGGAAUCUGGAAUCCGAGGCUUUAGAAUCCGGAAUCCCACUAACGAUUGGAAUCCGAAAUCCAAGUUUCACGGAGAAAGAAUCCGGAAUCCAAUUCCUAGAAUCCGGAAUCCACGGCGUGGAAUCCAGAAUUCAAGACUGUCCUGGAUUUCCUUACACAGAGGAAUCUUGCAACUCUUUACACUUUGAGCCCAUUAACGUUUCAAGGUAUUUUUUUAUAGUUUCACCUUAACAUGCUUCAUCGUGGUGCACCGUUUAUACCGAAAAUGUCAUUGCCUUUUUCUGAUGUCCGGGAUGUUGCCGCAGCGCAUAUAACAGCAAUGACGUCACCGAAGUCUCCCGGUAAGUGAUGAAGGGAAGAAAAUUUAAACGAAAUAUGUUUUAUAAAGCGAAUGUAACCCGCACCCUUUGCAAAUAUAAUUGGAAUUUAUAGCAAUAGUGAUGUAAAGUGACAAUAAAUAAAUAAAUAAGUAAAUAAACAAAAAAUCAAGGUUUCCUUCGUGGUAGGGUAACGGUUUAGUCGCGGUUGAGAGGACAACAGACACGUGUCCUCUGUACAUUGUAUAUAAGAGCAGUGCAGUCAGCUCGAACGUCAGCGUAACUUAUGCUGUUAAGGUUUAUAUGUUAAGAGGAAAAGGGGAAUAAUGAAAAGUUAUCUCUGCCUCGCUGGCUUGUAGUAUUUUUACGUAUUUGAUAAUCUGAUUAGGAUAGAGGACCACUAGUUUGUCAAGUUCCAGUGUUAUGUGCUACCCAGUUCAAAUUAAGUAAAGAUGUUACCGUAAACUCAUUUUCUUGCUUUUACCUGGGACAUACUUAGUUCCCCACCGUAAACUUUCUCUCGCUUGAGCCCGAUUUCCACUUACGCAUAAUACACCUUGUUUGCCGCCCAAAAUUGGCAGACAAAUUCACCGGAAUAUUAAGACUCGUACUUCCUUUUUUUAUGUGGUACCAGGAAACAGGUAUAUCACCAUUACAAAAUGCGCGUGGUUUGAAGAAGCAGCAAAAAUGCUGGAUGAAGAAUUUAGGCCUCUUGGUAAGUGAACCGAUUGCUAUACGUUUCAUUGUUUUACUUUUCUAAACACAACCCGCCUGAAAAGGGCUUAAAGUUAAAGGAGAGGGCGUUCUUGCAAAUGACGUGCGAGCGACGCUUGUCCACGGGUUAAGUUAUCAAGUUCUGUUAGCACAGCCUUAGACUGAGCUUAUUUAAUUUAAAUUAAUUUAUUUAAUUUAAUCCAUUGUCACUCCAUAAAUUGAUAACAGACAAGAAGGGAAUGGUGAGGAAGGACUAGUAGCAACAUUUUUGAGAACCAUACAAGCAAGUCCAACCAAUUUUAAAAUAACUUUGAACAGGCAUGAAAGGAAAGCUAUGCCCAAGUAACAUAGGACGACAAGGAUUUAAGUCUCAAAUCUUAUUCAUGUAAUACUCUCUGGAACAUUUUUUCAAACAUGACAGGCUUAGGCUUUUCGUCUCGCCCAAGCUUCUUGGUAAGCGAUCCCAUAAAAAGGAAAAAAAAAACCUGCGCAGAAUGUUGUGCAGAAUUGUACUAGGCGCUUCUUUGACUUACUUGCUCGAAUUAGCGCUCUCUUGUAAUUAGCACCCUCCAGCAAAAUAACGCCCCCCUUUAGGCCUAAAAUAUUAAAUAAGCGACUCCCCCUUAACACAUCUCCUUACUGAUAUAACGUAUACAGUGCGUGCAUGUUCAAUAAACAUUAAGUGAAUCAUAAAAUCAAUUGAAGAUGAUCCAUUUAAGGGCAUCACGUGGUCAAAGGGCCUGGCUCCUCAGGCAAUAGUGCUUGAGGAUAGCGAUUGAAUAGGUACCACACAAACACAAAUUUGGGUACAUACGCUAAAGAUACGUUUUUGUUUCCCUGUUUGGACUAUUCGAUGUUACAUUUUUCCUUCAUUUCUAACAAAGUCGAGUGUCAUGUCGAGACCGAAACUCUGAAAAAAAUUCAGUUGAAUUAACCGCCCCCCUCGAAUUAGCACCCCUUCUCGACUAAAAAAAAAAAUAACACUAAGCACCCUGGCGCUGGGUUCUUAUUUAAACAUCUCGGUUAUACUCCGGCAGUUUUGAAACCAGCCUUCAUAUGGUUGCAUUUAAGGUUACGAUGUUCCCAGUGAAGUUAAGGAGUUGGGCCCCAACUUAAAUCAUGAAGUGAAACUGGACAAUUCUAAGGUAAGUGACUUUACCUAUUUUGGUAAGAAAACGUUUACGUGAAGGAAAUUUGUCCCUCGAAGGAGGGUCAUCCUCCAAGCCGAGUUAACUAUGGCACGUUAAUAUGAGAACAAAGUUGACCCAACAAUACUCGCGCAUGCGCUGAUUGUCUAGCAAGCUCUCCGGGGCGCUCUGGCGACGGGGCGGGAAAAUGAAGGAGAGCUUGCAACAGCGUCUCUUCUCUGAAUUCCACCUACAAUUCUCCUGUGGCUCUCCGUCGACUGAGCUGUCAGAUUUCUACCAAUCAGCGCAAAGCAGAAACGAGCGCGAAUGUAAACAAACAUUGAAAAACACGUGCCAAGGGUAAUGACGUCAUUACUAACUGGUAAUGUUCAAAUUCCAGAGACGAAGUUGCAAACUCUCCUCCUUUUUGCCGCCCCGGAGCGCCCCGGAGAGCUUGCUCGCAAGCUAGAAUUGACCCGACUGAGCGAGCCAAAGUGUUUAUAUGGAGAAAAGUUGGCCCGGCUAAGGGAGUAGCUCUGCCAUCGAAAAAUGAUGUCCUGGCAAGGCGGGUCACCUUUCUAGUCGCUCCAACUUAACUUUUUGUUUCUCCUUUUAACGGUUCGCCGCAUUUUCUAAGGAAAUGAACGAAAAGUUAACUCACCCAGGUUAGCUCGGGUAGGAGAGUAACCCUUCUACCUGGCACAGCAUUUCUUCAUAUAAACAGGGCGAUAACGUAAGCUCCGGCUUCAUUCCGGCGGAUUACAACUCAAACAUCGGUUUCCGGGUUAAUUCUCGCCCUGCCUCGACCAUCGCUUCUUUCUCUUUCUCUUUGAUUCCCAUAUAAUUCUUCUCCUUAAAAUGAAACUACUUAAUAAAACAUCAACUUACCAAUCUGUAGUUCCGUGAACAUUUUCAGUGCUCGUGCAAUUGUCUUCUUCUUGUUCGGUUCAACAGUUUCAAUAUUUCGUUUGAAUCACGGCACCUGAACGCAAGUAGAAGUUUGUAUCACUUAGUACAUCAAUUUCCCAAGUUAUUUGCAUAACUAUAGCUCACCAAUUUUGUCACAUUGGUUGUUUUUGUUCUGUGUUUUGAAUAAAGCACGUUUAGAAUAAUAAAUCAACCAAUAAGAGCAAAAUGCGAUACUCCGGGGAGUUGGUGCUGAAUUGUUCAAGCACUUUCAGAACGUGUUUUAGCAAGUCUAAAACUCUAGCGCUUUGCCUUCAAAUUUUAAAGGUUGAUGAAAGAUUCUUUUUUAGGCCUUAAACAUUUAGAAAAGAGUGGCUUUCAUUCAAAACUUAUUUACUAUUUUUCGAAUCCCCCAUAAUACAUGCUGUCUGCCCCCCCGUCCCCCUCCAAAUUUUGCCUAGGUUAUUGUUUUAAAUGUUCUUGGGAAUAUUUAAUCCUCCAAGAGCAUUUGAAGUCUUUGAAAGCAACAGUUUAAUUUAUUAUGCAAACUUUGGGGCAAGCAGAGUGUAUAAUGGGGAAUACGAAUUCGAAUUAUGGAAUUCUCUAGCAAUUCUUGAUUCUUCUAACAUUCCUUGUAGGUAAAGGCAGAUCUAGGAUUCCAGCCACGGGACUUCAAGGCAAGCGUGAUCGAAAUGGCCUACAAUCUGAUUGAGUCUGGCUUUAUUAAGAAGACACCUAAGUACGAGGAGAUCAAAGGAGGAAAGGCAGCUGCCCAUUGAUUAAAUCAUGGAGAUUACACAAGGAGAAUCUUAAGCUGCUUUUUUACUGUGGACUGUCGAAAAUGCUUCUCCCGAGAACUCUGCUAUAAAAUUUAAGGUGGAUUUCCACUGUCGCGAGGGCUCUGGGUACGAGAGUGGGUACCACUAUGGGUUGAUUUCCACUGACGCGUUUUUGGUUACGCAUGUUAACGCACGUAAAUUUUAAUCACGAAAAUAAAAUAGAGGCAAGAUAAAAAGUGCUGAGCACGAGAAGUUGAGCGAGGUUCAACUUUUACGCUUACGAGCGGGCUUUCAUGCAUUGCCUCUAUUUCAUCUGCGAACGUAAAUUUUACGCACGUACGAACGGAAAAAUUAGUAAUCAACCCAUACACCUUCACCACUUUUUAUAGCUAGGGGAGUUCACCGCUCGGGACGGUAUUCAAUCGUUUAGUUUGGUCUGUUUUGUGUUAUAAAAGGAUGAGUCUUACUGAAAAUUAAACCUGUUACACGGUUUCCCCUUUCCUGUCUUCCUUUUUACUUCUU